ACGUGCGAAAGAGAAGCGUAUAUCUGUCGUCUCCUGCACACGAACACGGACGCUAGGCGCGCGCAUGCGCGCAGUCUCAUGUUGGAUGCCGAAGCGAAGUUACGUGUUACGUUGUGGCAAGGUAAGGAGCCGAUAUUCAUCGUUGUGUUGUGAAACUUGUGAAUCCAUGAAUACUGUGUAAUCUGAGGCAACUACUACAUUUUGGCGACGGGCUGAAUCGGAAGCCAACAAUGACAACACCAUCGCUGGCGCUUGAAAAGUUUGACUGCGAAGGUAAUAGCAAUUCUGUAUGUACACGAUGGGAACGUUGGAAGAGGAGUUUGCACAUUUACCUGGAAGCGGCAGGUGUUAAGACUGCUGUUAAAAAACGAGCAAGUUUGUUACAUUGGGGGGGAACUGAACUACAGGAAAUAUUUUUCAACAUACCAGGGGCAGAUGUAACAUCAGAGGCAUCCGGGGAGGAGGAUGUAUUCCAGGUGGCAAUUGGAAAAUUAGACAGUUACUUCGCACCAAAGCAAAAUAAACGAUUUGAACGGCAUACCUUUAGGCAAAUUCAGCAAGAAAAUAAUGAAAAAUUUGAGAAGUUUUUGAUACGCCUUAGACAACAAGCAACAAAGUGCCAAUUUGAUAAUGUAGAAGAUCAUUUGAUUGAUCAAAUCAUAGAGAGAUGUUCAUCAGAAGAAUUGAGGAAAAAAAUACUUAAGGCAGGAGAUAGCAUGACAAUAGAAAAUAUUAUCUCAGAGGCGAACGCCCUGGAAGCCAUUAAUAGGCAAUUAGAGGACUACAAAAACAACAAGGAAAAGAAUGUGGCGAUAGAAAUUAACAAAGUGGAAGAGAAGACAGACAGAAAAGGGAAAGAAUGUUAUAGAUGCGGGAGCUGGGGGCAUUUGUCCAAUAAUGAAAAUUGCCCUGCUAGGGGAAAGAAGUGCUUGAAGUGUGGCAAAAUUGGACAUUUCAAGUUGCAAUGCAAAAGCCAGAUCCUGAAAAGAAAACAUGAGGACAUAAGACCUGAUGGAACUCGACAGAAAAGGUUUUCAAAGAAAUUUAAAAAAUCUCCUAAAGCUCAUGAGGUAAGAAAUAUAGAGGAAGAGGAGAACUCUGAAACCGAAGAAGUCGAGUAUCUAUUUAACAUAAACGGAGAUGACAUGGUAGUCUGUGAUGUCGGUGGAGAAAAGAUUAAUAUGAUGAUCGAUUCAGGAUCAAAAAAUAAUUUAAUUACGGAUAAGACAUGGAAAAAAAUGAAGGAGAUGGGAGUAAGGGUAGAUGACGAAAUAAAAGAACCAAAGAAAAACUUCUUCGCCUAUGGAUCUGAAACACCUUUACGACUACUGGGAUCUUUCCGCUCUGACAUUCAAUUAGCCGGCAGAAAAGAAAACGCAAUCUUCUAUGUAGUAGAUAACGGUACACAAAAUUUACUGGGGAGGAGAACAGCAACUAAGUUGGGGGUUUUAAGAAUUGGGUUGGAAGUAAACCAGAUUGAACUCAAGCCUUUCCCUAAACUUAGAAAUGUUUUAAUACAAAUACCCAUUGACGACAAGGUCAAGCCUAUCGCGCAGCCUUACAGAAGAAUUCCAAUUCCUUUGGAAACAAAGGUUGAGGAGAAAAUUACAGAGUUACUUGAAAAGGAUAUAAUUGAAGAAGUCCAGGGCCCCUCAAAUUGGAUAUCUCCCAUAGUUCCUAUAAUCAAAGAAAACGGUGACAUUCGGCUCUGCGUUGACAUGAGACGGGCAAAUAAAGCAAUUAAAAGGGAAAAUCAUCCAUUACCGACUAUGGACCAGCUACUACCAAAGUUUAGGAAUGCUACAGUGUUCAGUAAAUUGGAUAUCAAAGAUGCAUUCCAUCAACUAGAAAUCCAUCCAGAGUCACGGGAUAUAACGACGUUCAUAUCUGGAAAAGGCGUCUAUAGAUACAAAAGAUUAAUGUUCGGCAUUACAUGCGCUCCUGAAAUAUUUCAAAAAACUCUUGAACGCAUAUUAAUUGGAUGUGAGGGAGUUGUAAACUUUAUUGACGACAUAUUAGUUUUUGGCGAGGAUCAAAAGGAGCAUGAUGCCAGACUUGAGAAUGUGCUGAAGGUACUUAAAGAGCAUGAUAUCGUUCUAAAAGAAGAUAAAUGUAUCUACAACGUUAAUAAAAUCCAAUUUUUAGGACAUGAACUAAGUAAUAAAGGAAUUCGACCACUAGAUAAAUACGUAUCGGCUAUUAUGGACUUCAGAGCACCCCAAACAAUCUCGGAAUUGCAAAGUUUUUUAGGACUCGUCAACUAUGUAGGGAAGUGGAUACCAAAUAUGGCCACAAUUACUGAACCCCUGAAGGAACUUUUAAGGCACAAGACAGGCAGGAAUGCGGACAUAAAAGAGCUCUGGAAGGAAAGACAAGAAACAGCAUUUAACAAAUUGAAAACAGCCUUGUCUAAAAUGCCUAAUUUAGGAUACUAUAAUGUUAAAAAUAAAACAAUGAUAUUCGCAGAUGCUAGUCCUGUGGGGCUCGGCGCGAUCUUGGUACAAACAAAUGAAGCUGGUCCACGCAUAAUAGCUUACGGCAACAGAACCUUAACGGAGUGCGAGAGACGUUAUUGCCAAACAGAAAAAGAAGCCCUAGCUUUGGUAUGGGCAGUGGAGCACUUCCAUAUGUUUCUUUUUGGGAAGAGAUUUGAACUCAUAACUGAUCAUAAACCUUUAGAGGUAAUAUUCGGCCAUAAAGCUAAACCAUGUGCUCGUAUCGAACGAUGGGUAUUACGUCUACAGUCAUACGACUUCAUAGUUAUAUAUCGUCCGGGAAAAACCAACAUUGCUGACUCCCUUUCUAGACUAUGUAACCUCGACGAACGGAAUAACAACACUAAUGGAAAAGAUUUUGUACAAAACAUAGUAGAACAGAUAAGACCAGUAGCAAUAUCGCUGCAAGAAAUCGAGAGCAGUUCUAAAGAGGACUCAGAUAUACAAAAAGUAAAGACAGGCCUGUAUGACUCGAAAUGGGACCAACAAAUAAAGAGUUACAAAAUCUUAGAAAACGAGUUGUGUUUUUGUGGCGAUAUUCUUUUAAGGGGUAAUAAAAUUGUAAUACCAAAAACACUGCGAGGAAACGUUUUAGAAGCCGCCCACGAAGGACAUCCUGGAAUCGUUGGUAUGAAAGCUAGACUUAGAGCUAAAGUAUGGUGGCCCAGGUACGAUAAGGACGUUGAGAGACUGGUUAAGUCGUGUAAAGGGUGCACCCUUGUUUCAGCGCCAAAUCCCCCAAAUCCGAUCAAGAGAAGGGAAUUGCCAACACACCCCUGGGUUGAUAUUGCAAUUGAUCUCUUGGGUCCCUUGCCGUCCGGAGAUUACCUUCUGGUAGUAAUCGACUACUAUUCGCGGUAUAAAGAAAUAAAGGCAUGCCGCGAUAUAUCAAGCAAGGCUAUGAUAGCCAUAUUGAAGGAAAUGUUUAGUCGACUAGGAUGUCCAAUCACGAUUACGGCAGACAACGGUAAACAGUUCGUUAGUCAGGAGUUUAGAGAUUUUUGCCAACUAAAUGACAUUCAUUUGUUCAACACUAUCCCUUAUUGGCCCCAGCAAAAUGGAGAGGUGGAGCGCCAGAACAGGGACAUUAUUAAACGUUUGAAGAUAAGUCAAAUCGACAAAAAGAACUGGAAAGAUUCACUCUUGGAAUAUCUGACUAUGUAUAAUAGUACUCCCCAUACGACAACGGGAAAGACGCCAGCAGAAUUAUUUUUCCAACGGAAAUUUAGAGACAAGAUACCAAUGAUAGAUACGCUUGAAUAUAUUCACAAAGACCAAGAUAUGGACGUCAGAGACCGGGACAGAGAACAAAAAGAAAAAGGAAAAGAGUACGCAAACAGGAAAAGGAGAGUUGAGGAUGGAAACAUAAAAGUGGGGGACGAGGUUUAUGUGAAAAAUAUGAACAAAACAAACAAGUUAGCUCCAAAUUAUGAGCCAACCCCACACACUGUAGUAUCUUAUAAAGGUGGAGAUGUAAACAUUGAAAAUAAUGAAACUGGACAAAGACUGAGAAGAAACAUGAUGCAUUUAAAAAAGGUCGAAGGACAAUGGAAAAUCUUGGAUGAAGAAACGACAGAGACGAAUGAUUGCGAGUCAGAAAAUUAAAUAUAUAUCUUAAGUUUAAUAAGGGAUAAGAGGAAGACGUGAAGUAAAGCUAAUGCGUGAAGCGCAAAACUAUUGCUAAAAAUAUAAUUAGGAAGUUGAAGUAUAAAAAGUACUAAGGAAGCCAAGGAAGUUAAUGACGAAGUAAAAUAGCAUUUGUGUUAAAGUGUUGAUUAACUUGACAGUUAAAAAUAAAAAAUAAAGAUGAUUAUUGAAAUUACUGUUUUAUUUAAUUAUCCUAUAAUAAUAAUAACAAUAGAACAAACUUAACAAUAAGGAAGGGAUGUAGUAUACGUGCGAAAGAGAAGCGUAUAUCUGUCGUCUCCUGCACACGAACACGGACGCUAGGCGCGCGCAUGCGCGCAGUCUCAUGUUGGAUGCCGAAGCGAAGUUACGUGUUACGUUGUGGCAAGGUAAGGAGCCGAUAUUCAUCGUUGUGUUGUGAAACUUGUGAAUCCAUGAAUACUGUGUAAUCUGAGGCAACUACUACAG